GCCCCACCCUCCAUUCUCUUCUUUGGUCAGCGGCCGGCGAGACGGCCAGAAACCGCGGUGGUACCGUAUUGCCGGUGUUCCUGAGAGCGAGUAAAUUGGCAGCCCAGGGGAGCCCAGAAGGUUGUGAAAAGAACUGGAAGCUUUAAAAUGUCAUCCGGGGACAUCAUUCAGGAGUCAGCGAACCUGUCGCUGGAUGAAUUGUAUGUCUCUGGUCAAGAAGGAGAUGAUGCAACUGGAACAGGAACAAAGGACAAACCAUUUAAGACAGCCCUUCGGGCCUUACAAGCAGCAGGGAAGGAACCAUUCCCAACUAUCUAUGUGGAUUCCCAAAAGGAAGAUGAGCGCUGGGAAGUUAUAUCAAAAUCACAAAUGAAAAACGUUAAAAAGCUCUGGCAACGGGAUCAAAUGAAGAAUGAAUCGAAAGAAAAAAGGGAGCUGGAAGAUGCAUUGCGGCGGGAGAAGAAUCUGGAAGAGGCUAAAAAGAUAGCUAUUAAACUGGAUAUUAGUCUUGGAGAACCACAUCAGAUAAAAAUCCGAGACACAGAAGCACAUAGAGGGCAACGAGUGAAGCUCUUUGGCUGGGUCCACAGGUUACGUAGACAAGGGAAGAACUUGAUGUUUGUUGUUUUGCGUGAUGGCACAGGAUUUCUGCAAUGUGUCUUCAGUGAUGAGCUGUGUCAGUGCUACAAUGGAAUAGUGCUAUCGACAGAGAGCUCCAUUGCAGUUUAUGGAACCUUGAAAGUUGUGCCAGAAGGCAAAAUGGCUCCUGGAGGGCAUGAAUUGAUUUGUGAUUACUGGGAACUGAUCGGUUUGGCUCCAGCAGGGGGUGCAGAUAAUUUGCUUAAUGAAGAAUCUGAUGUAGAUGUGCAACUGAACAACCGUCACAUGAUGCUCAGAGGAGAGAACUUGUCCAAAAUCUUCAAAGUGCGCUCUGCUGUGGUGCAGUGCUUCAGGGACCACUACUUUGACAAUAACUACUUUGAAGUUACACCACCUACCUUGGUGCAGACACAGGUUGAGGGAGGUUCUACACUAUUUAAAUUGAAUUAUUUUGGUGAAGAGGCCUUCCUGACGCAAUCUUCUCAACUGUAUUUGGAGACUUGUAUCCCUGCACUUGGAGAUGUUUUCUGUGUUGCUCAGUCCUACCGUGCCGAACAGUCUCGGACACGCAGACACCUUGCAGAAUACUCUCAUGUUGAGGCAGAAUGUCCAUUCAUUACUUUCAAUGAACUUCUCAACCGUUUGGAAGACCUUGUCUGUGAUGUGGCUGAACGCAUCCUGAAGUCACCUUAUGGGGAUCUUGUGCGUGAAUUGAACCCAGAUUUCAAGCCUCCUCAACGCCCUUUCAAAAGAAUGAACUACACAGAUGCCAUCAUUUGGCUGAAAGAACAUGAUAUUAAGAAAGAUGAUGGCACUUUCUACGAAUUUGGAGAAGAUAUCCCAGAGGCUCCAGAGAGGCUGAUGACUGACGCAAUCAAUGAGCCUAUACUCCUGUGUCGUUUUCCUGCUGAGAUCAAAUCCUUCUACAUGCAACGCUGCCCAGAGGAUCGUCGGCUGACUGAAUCUGUUGAUGUGUUAAUGCCAAAUGUUGGUGAAAUUGUGGGCGGGUCGAUGCGUAUCUGGGACAGUGAGGAGCUGUUGGAUGGUUACAAACGUGAAGGUAUUGAUCCGACUCCAUAUUACUGGUACACUGACCAGCGUAAAUAUGGCAGUUGUCCUCAUGGUGGUUACGGUCUGGGUCUGGAACGGUUCUUAACAUGGCUUCUCAACAGACAUCAUAUUCGUGAUGUAUGUUUGUAUCCACGCUUCGUUCAACGUUGUAAACCAUAACAUCUGCUUGGUGUAACGCUGGAAUAAAACAAAUUUCAUGUCCUUUAUCGCUUGCAUUAAAAAGAAAAACUGCUAAGUGAUCAGCUGACCCAUCAGCAUCUGAAAGUACAGGCCAUUAUUUCAGGUGGAGACUCUCAGCUGUACCACUGAUUUCGGUUAUUUAUGUUUUAAGAAUUGCAUAAAUACUGUACUGUAAUGCAACAUACCUCUGCCUCCAGUGAGUCUUGUGUAAUUAUGAUUUUCAGAAUGUUUGUGUUCAUAAUUUACAGCAACAAUAAAUCAUUCAUAAAAAUAAA